UUGAAAUGUACCGUUAGCAACAUGCUACAUUUUAAGAAGUGCAACAGAUUUGUUCGUUUGAUCAGCCAAAGUCUUCAGGUUCGAUUGUUCAGCAAUGUCAAAAUUAAGAAGGGGACAAUCAAUAAAACAAACAAAUGCCAUCCAGCCAAAACUUCCAGCACAUUCGAUGCCAGCAAGAUAAGAAAUGUUGGAAUCAUUGCCCACAUCGAUGCAGGCAAGACUACUACAACUGAAAGAAUGCUUUAUUAUUCUGGUGCUAAUUCGACUAUAGGAAAUGUGAACGAUGGAAACACAGUGACCGAUUUUUUAGAGCAGGAGAGAGAAAGAGGCAUCACGAUCAUGUCAGCAGUUGUUCAUUUUAUGUGGAAGGGUCAUAGAAUCAAUCUGGUUGAUACUCCUGGCCAUAUUGAUUUCACAUGUGAGGUUGAAUCAUCUCUCCGAGUCUUGGAUGGCGCUGUUUUGGUGUUGGAUGCUUCUGCUGGUGUUGAGGCUCAAACACUGAGCACAUGGAAGCAGGCGCUGAAAUACAGAAUUCCUCAAAUUGCUUUUAUAAACAAAAUGGACAAGGCUGGAGCAAGUUUCUCCAAAUCAAUAAAAUCAAUUUCAGAUAAACUAGGUCGAAUGCCACUACCAAUUCAGCUGCCUAUCAUAUCAGCAAGUGACAAUUCUUUCAAUGGAGUCGUUGAUCUCAUUCACAUGAAAAAACUAAUUUGGAAUAUCGAUGGAGAUGGGAAGUUUUAUGAAAAUAUUAAAUUGGAUUCCAAAUUAGAUGGGGAUUUAUUUGACAUGGCUUCUUCAGAAAGAGAUCAAAUGCUUGAAACGUUAGUGAACGUGGACGAAGAACUUGGGGAAAUAUACAUCAGAGACUCACAUCUCACAAAUUUGACUCCUGAUCAUUUGAACCAGGCUAUCAGAAGGGCCACCCUCAACUGUCAAGUCCUUCCCGUUCUCUGCGGCAGUUCGUUAAGAAACAAGGCUGUUCAACCCCUGCUUGAUUCCAUCCUGACCUACUUACCUGACCCAAUUGAACACAAUCUGAUUGGUGACCUUCAAGAUGACGGUGUUAACAACGUUGACGGAACAAUGGCGCUUGCUUUCAAAAUUAUGCACAACAAGCGCAGGGAACCAAUCACAUUUCUGAGGAUUUAUUCUGGCCAUUUGAGUUCAGGCCUGUCCCUAUUUAAUGCAACGAAAAACUGCAAGGAGAAGAUCGACAAGAUGUUCCAGAUAAACGCAGAUGAGUACGAAUACAUCGGCAAUGAGUCCAGGGGGAACAUUGUGGCUGUCACUGGCUUCAAGGAGACGACAACUGGCGAUGUCUUGUGCAGUGCUCAGCUACCAUCGUCUUCAUCAUCACUUUUUGAUGUACUCACGAUUCAAGUUCCGGAUCCUGUUUAUUUUUGUUCCGUGGAGCCGCCAUCACUUUCCGUGCAAAAAGAUUUCGACACUGCCCUUGAGUGUUUGGCCAGGGAAGAUCCCAGCCUCAAGGUCAAUGUCGAUUCGAGCACAGGUCAGACUGUUCUUGGUGGCAUGGGGCAACUGCAUUUGGAGAUAGUCAAGAGUCGAAUAUUUACGGAGUAUGGCAUUGAUGCCGAUUUAGGUCCAUUACAAAUCGCCUACAAAGAAACGUUGACGAGCACCAAGAAGGUUAAGACAGUUUUUGAGAAGACGAUUGGUGAAUCAAGAUAUCGUGUUGAAAUGAUGGCCACGUUUCAUCCAGUUCAUGAAUCAGAAGAAUCAGACAGUGCAACAAAAUCAAAUAAGAAAAAAUCGUUAUUCAGCAUUUUGCCAAAUCCCGACUCAGCGUUGGCUAAAUAUGGACUGAGGCCAAAUUACGUGAAAGCAAUCGAGGAUGGAUUGAUGUCAGGGUUCUCAAAAGGUCCUUUGUUAGGUUAUCCUCUAUCAAACAUUCGCAUGGAGCUGAAUGAGUUUGUGACAAGCAGUAGGGCCACGAUGGCCAUCAUCAGCUCCUCUGUGACUCACUGCGUUCGCGAGGCUCUCAAGAAAGAUGAUGUCCAACUGCUUCAGCCCAUCAUGAAUGUUCAGGUAUUUACGACUCCGGACCAUCUCGGCACCGUACUUUCAGACCUGGCGCAGCGGGAAAGCCACAUUCUGAGCGUCAACAAAGAGGACGAUAGCUGCCACAAUGCUUCCACUGUGCUCGCGCGUACGCCACUAUCUCGUUUGGAAGAUUUUUCAUCGGCACUUCGAACGAAGACUUCUGGGAUGGCUUCCUUCAACAUGAAUCUCAGUUCUUAUGAUGUUGUUUCCGACAAAUUACUGACUACUCUUUUAAACAAUUAAUGUAUUUUAAUAUUAUUACUGUUUUGUCAUUAUGUCUAUGUCGUUUUUGCAAAAUAUUCUCUCCGAUCGUGUUGAUUUUAAUUGCGUUACAUUGUCAUGAAUAAAACUUGUUGAACUAACCAA